GGGCAGGCGUUCGAGGCGUACGUGCUGCAGCAGCACCGCGAGGAGCUGCUGCGCAUCCUGGGCGCGCGCGACGCCGCCGCGCACUACGGGCUCGUGGUGGACGCCGUGCGCCUCUUCGAGGCCAGCAUGGAGCUGGGCGAGUGGCUGAGCGCCGCGCCGCGCCUCGUGCUGCCCGUGCUGGACGGCGCCCUGCGCCGCGCCGCCGCCGCCGCCAUGCGCGAGGCGGGCGCGCGCCCCGGCCUCAGCCUCAAGGACAACGUGCACGCGCGCAUCGCCGGCCUGCCCGUGUGCCCGGAGCUGACGCGGGAGCACAUCCCGCGGACGCGCGACGUGGGACACUUCCUGUCCGUGACGGGCACCGUGGUGCGCACCAGCGCCGCGCACGUGCUCGAGUUCGAGCGCACCUACAUGUGCAACAAGUGCAAGCAGGUGUUCGCCGUGGGCGCCGACCCCGAGCAGCGGCACGGCGCCUGCCGCCCCGCGCGCUGCCCCGGCGCGCCCGGCUGCACCUCCAGCGCCUUCACCUGCCUCGCCGGCACCGCCGCCGCCCCCGCGCGCUGCAGGGACUACCAGGAGAUCAAAAUCCAGGAGCAGGUGCAGAGGCUCUCUGUUGGAAGCAUCCCUCGCUGCAUGGUGGUGAUCCUAGAAGAUGACCUCGUGGAUAGCUGCAAGUCUGGGGACGACGUCACGGUGUACGGCGUGGUGCUGCAGCGCUGGAGGCCCUUCCAGCAGGACGCACGCUGCGACCUGGAGCUCGUGCUCAAGGCCAACUACGUGCAGGUGAACAACGAGCAGCUCGCGCGCGGCCCCAUGGAUGACGACGUCCGCAAGGAGUUCCAGGACUUCUGGGAAAAGCAUAGGGAUGAUCCCCUAGCAGGGCGGAAYGAGAUCCUGGGCAGCCUCUGCCCGCAGGUGUUCGGCCUCUACCUGGUGAAGCUGGCGGUGGCGCUGGUGCUGGCGGGCGGCGUGCCCAGGGUCGACGCGGCCGGCACGCGCAUCAGAGGGGAAUCCCAUCUUCUGCUGGUUGGAGACCCGGGCACGGGCAAAUCCCAGUUCCUCAAGUACGCGGUGAAGAUCACGCCGCGCUCUGUGCUCACCGCGGGCAUUGGAUCUACAAGCGCAGGCCUCACCGUGACCGCUGUGAAGGACAUGGGCGAGUGGAACCUGGAGGCGGGAGCGCUCGUGCUGGCGGACGGCGGCCUUUGCUGCAUCGAUGAGUUCAACAGCAUCAAGGAGCACGACCGCACCAGCAUCCACGAGGCCAUGGAGCAACAGACCAUCAGCGUGGCCAAGGCAGGCUUGGUGUGCAAGCUUAAUACAAGGACAACUAUAUUGGCUGCAACAAAUCCCAAAGGACACUAUGACCCUAAUGAAUCUGUCUCGGUCAACAUAGCCCUUGGCAGCCCUCUGCUGAGCAGGUUUGACCUGGUCUUAGUACUGYUAGAUACAAAGAAUGAAGAAUGGGACCGCAUCAUUUCUUCCUUCAUCUUGGAAAAUAAAGGUUUCCCAAGCAAAUCAGAGAAGCUGUGGAGCAUGGAGAAGAUGAAAACCUACUUCUGCCUCAUAAAGAGCCUGCAGCCGAAGCUGUGUGAGGAGAGCCACGCGGUCCUGGUGCGCUACUACCAGCGGCAGCGGCAGAGCGGCGGCCGCAGCGCCGCCCGCACCACCGUGCGCCUGCUGGAGAGCCUCGUGCGCCUCGCCGAAGCUCACGCCCGGCUGAUGUUCAGGGAUACGGUGACUUUGGAGGAUGCCGUGACCGUGGUGUCGGUGAUGGAAUCUUCCAUGCAGGGAGGAGCCCUGCUCGGAGGCAUCAAUGCCCUGCACACGUCCUUCCCGGAAAACCCGACGGCCCAGUACCGGGUCCAGUGCCAGCUCAUCCUGGAGCAACUGGAGCUGCCCGACCUUCUGCACAAGGAGCUGCAAAGACUCGACAGAUUACAGAAAGAAGACUCCUGCCAGCAACAGCCUGAAGAGACAAGUUUCUGCAGGACUCCAAGAUCCUUGAGCAAGGAUGCGUUUGGGGAGCCAGAGCAAGUGUGUCAGGCAGGACCUUCAGACCAGCAAGAGAAGCCACAGUCUUCCUUGGCCAAAGGCAACUGUGGAGGGGCUACCCACGCAGAACCCUUGUGCAACCCGGCAUGUGGUAGUGACAGAAACACAGACCAGCUGCUUAGGCAGAGUAAGAAAGGGGGUGAUGGCAGCCUGGCCUGGUUUGACAGCUUGGAGGAGAACAACAACGAUGCAGAAGGAACGUUUCWGGAAGAGUCUCCGGUGCUCCAGACAGCUCCAGGUGACUUGGCUUCAAAACCCCUGAGGGAAAAAUCCUGCUCAGGAGAAAGAAAUGCCUCAAUACCAAGCAAUGGGGGUGGAACGAGAGGACCACUAGCAACUGUGCAUCUCCCUGCUCCUUCGGAACAAGACAAAGUUCCCAAGAUAAGCAGGAAAAGGAGUGAAGAACAUGAAUAUUUUUCUGCAGAAGCAAGUACUGAAUCCCCAGCGUCUCCCCGGGCGAGKGUGCAGGACUCGGUUGUUACGCAGCAUGUGUCUAAGAGGUGGCAGAGGCUGCACACAGAGAGAUCACGUGGAUUCUUCACGAGCACACAGGACCCCGAGGCCACAGAACUUCCUUCACUCUUGUCUGCAUCUGGUCUGCUAGAUCUUUCAGGUGACGUGGAUCCUGUGUUAGAGGAGGACAAGAACAGCAAAUCUGUAACAGCAAAGAAGGCAGUAAUUUCUCUGAGAAAACGAAAUAAAGAACAAGCAGUGAAGGAAGCAAAGGUAGUAGGUUCCUGUGAGCCAGCAGUCAUGGACAGUGAAGGACCUCCAGCAGCUAAACUAGCUAAAUUUUCUUUCAGACCAAGGACAAAACUUGGUCAUUCCUCUGAGAAGGAGUUCAGGCUUUUACAGAAUGAAGCUGUUAAGCCUGGAGAGCAGCUCCAAGGAGAGCAUCUGGUGGAAGAASAUGGCUCCUCCGAGAAAUGCAAAACAAAGUCAACUUGCUUAGGAGAAAAUAAUUUGGAAAAGGGGCCCCCUGGUAAUGCUGGGAAAGGGGAGCAGCAGAGUGAGGCCCUAGCAAAAGAGAGGGGAGGAAGAGCAGYGACACACUCGGGUGUCAGUGUUGGUGCUGCGUCACUUCCACCCACUGAAGAGAAGAGGGAGGGAGCGGAGCAGGUUGGUGGCUCGAGCACAGGGCAAGUGGGUCCCAGCACGUGGGCUAAACUGUGCCGGUUCUCCUUCGCAUCACGCCCCGAGCCAAAAUCAGAGAGUGCCCCUGCAGCGGCGAGUGGCAGUAACAGCAAGGGGAGCCACAGCCCCUUGCUGAAGGUGCACGUGAGCAAUCCUGGCAAAAGGAAGAGCUUUGCCCUGGGAAACGCCAGCGACRCCAGCGCGCUCACACGGAAACCCCUCUUCUCAAUAGCGGAGCUAGAUGAUGCCACCUUAGAUUUUGAUUGGGAUGAAGAGGUUAGGAAACAUCCAAGAUCAUAGCAUGUAUUUUUUCUGAAUUACAUUACACGUCAUUUUUUCUGUAUCUCUAUCCUUCUGUCCAUUGUAUCAACAGCAUCAAGAGUAUACAAAGCAUUUAAAAAAGAAUCUAUCUGGGACCUCUAUAUAAACGAACAUGUACUUUACAUGAACUAAGGACUGUUUAUACUGCAAGCCUAAUGUGAUUUUUAGUUUUCUGAAUUACUCCCYGAACUGCUUAUGUGAGGUGCCUGUUUUGAUUGCGCUGAUGUAACCCGAAGGCUCCUGCGUUUUGUUCACAUAUGCAGAGRUCGGUGAAGCUUGCGAAGAGCACCUGUAAGAGACUGUUAUCCUUGAUUUCAUGUAGCAGUAGGAACUGUGCCUGAUCCARUUGGCCUUCUGAGGGAUCACGCCGCUUCAGAAAAGCAGUGUCGCUAAAGCUCUGUCAUUAUAGUUUGCUUCUCUGUGCACGCCUUUUCUGUCAGUGAKCAAACCUGUGAUUUUUCAUCAUGUUCUGGUUGAUUAUCAAUAUCAUGAGAAUCCUGCUGCACUUCCUAUAACUGUGUUCCUCAUCCCACUGUUGAUGUUGAGGAUCUAGGGCUUUUUGCUUCUGUUUUUUGAUUCUGUCUGUGAUUUUAAAUACACUGGUUCRGGUA